AUGACCACAGAGUUAGAAUCAAGUUCCGGGACGAGUGAAAACUUUACACCGACAAUUGUUGCGUUUGAUGGUCUGAGGCUAUCCGAGUCUGUCCCACCACCGCCUAGCUCUUCGAUUCUCACUCUGCCCACCGAAAUCGUUGCCGAGAUUUUCUCGCAGUACCUUCCACCAUAUCCCAUUUGUCCACCACUGCUCGGCGACCAGUCGCCUACAACGCUUACACAAAUAUGCAAGCUAUGGCGUGAAAUCGCAAUUACCACCCCGAUGUUGUGGCGGGCCAUCGGGGUAUUUCUUUCGGGGAAAACCCAUGUCCCCCAACUAGAUCUCAAAAUGGCGCGAGUCUGGUUGGAGAGGUCGCAGAAUACGGCACUCUCACUUUUACUGGGCGACCAUAGAAUAUCAAACCGGCCCGGGGCCGCUCUCCGCGAAGAGGCACUACUUCUAUUUUGCUCUCAAACUGCACGUUGGCAGCACGUUGCGCUGGAAAUUCCUGGUGAUGAAGAAUGGAAUAUCCAGCAGCUCGUCCAAGGACCAAUGCCAUUUCUAUGUGACCUCGAAGUCCGAUUUGUGGGCAACACAUACAUAGACGUGCUUAUUGGUCAACUCCAUGCUCCGAAUCUCUUCACAGCUUUCCUUGAUCUUUGCAACCUGCGAUUCGUCUGUGCGCAAAUCAUACAUGACUUGCUGCCUUGGAGUCAACUGACAAUGUUAUACCUCUCCUACACAGACAUCGACUCCGCUGUUGACAUCCUUGGCCAGACACCCAAUCUCGUCGCGUGUGUGUUGCGCUUCUCAGAGGAGUCUCGGGAGGACAAAGCUUCCUGGCCCGGGGCCAUCCGAAAAUUCUCAUUUCCCCGGCUGGAGACGUUAAUUACCAGCGCCAGCUUUUCAGCCUCCGACCAAGUAUACGACCUCUUGAGUGCAUUCCGUGCCCCAGCUCUUCGGAGAUUCUCCAUUGAUGAAGACAUGAUUGCGUGGCCUGACGACGUAUUCUCACCGCUUCCCGCCAUCAUCUGCUCAAUGGGGUGUGAAUUGGACCGAUUGUGUAUCCUCAAUACUGCUUCGCCGCUCGGCAGUUACGUUGAAGCGCUGCCUGGAGUAGCACAGAUUGAACUGAACGAGGGUACCAAUGAUGUUAGUGUAUGGGGAAGUUGGGAUUUGUUCAGAUCGUGA